AUGGCCGCCUUCGGAAAGGAAACGAUAACAAAAGCUGCUGAAUUGCUUCAGCGAGCGUCCACGAUUUUGCUGUCGGUGAAUGAAAAUUUGUCUGAAACCAAUUUUCGCUCAACAGCUACCAAUGCUGGUACGCCUGGAACAUCAGCAGCUACUGCAAUUGCCGUACUACUCGGUACUAGAGCUACGUGAUACCUCAGCACGAGCUAAAUCGAUGCUAGUCGCUAGUUCGAAUGCUGGCUUGUACAGACGUCUAAAUAAAAACGAACGCCUGUGAGCUGCUGCCGGAAAAUCAUCAUCUUCACCCUUACAAGGCUCAAGUUCAAGCAAGAAAGAAAAAACACUGCGAAGUUCAGAGAAAAAGACGUUUGAAUUUUCACUGCUUCGAGCACCUGAGGUAGACAGUGACGGUGAGGAAGAAGAUAGCUUAAGAAAGGACUAUGUUAUCAACAGAGGUAUUAUUACUUUAACUCCUUCUGACUCUGAGAAACUAAUAAGAGAUAAGAUUGUUUCAUCUUUAAAACCAAGAUAUUCCCUUAUUGAAAAUCGUGACUUUGAAUUUGAGAAAGUAGUUCAAAAAAUUUUCUGUUCUUCAGUUGGGAAAAGGAACACAGUAUGAUUACAGUAUAGUGAAAAAAUUGGCCGGGCAAGGUCUGUUGUACAUUCGUAUGAAGCAAGCAAUGCAGUUUGCUGUUGAUGAAGAUUUUCAGGUUGAAGGCGAUAUGGCAGAUGAUCCAUUUCCAUCCUUAUAACUACCCAGUCCAUUUAAUUCACCAACAACAUCACCUGGUCUAACAGGUGCACCAAGUGAUUACAAUCUUGCCCCAGAUGGUCCGUCUGUUAGAGAAACCACACUUGAUAGUGAGCAAUUUACACUAUCCCCACAAGGUGUCCAGGAAUUUGGACCAGCAGUUCCAUAAAUUGAACUGUCUCGAUUUUUUUCAACAGUAAUUGACGAAAUACCAGCCACUGUUUGUGACCCAACAGAAAUGCUAAGAUUCUUGCAGAAGAAGAUUUUGUUAGGUCGUGACCUAGAUGUUAGUGAUGUAUCUUCUGAACUUAGUGGGGACACUAAUUAUAUUUCAGUAGACCGAGAUAAUAUUUUGGAAACAACAUUCUCUGAAUUGAAUAAUGUGAUAGAUCCAAGAAUCACUUUUGAAGUUCAGUUCUAUGGCGAGCAAGCUGAAGACAGGAGAGGCUCCAGAAAGGAAUGGAUUAGGCUUUGCAAUCAGAAAAUACAACUGAAAUAUUUUGAACAAGGUCUUAAGGAGCAUCUUGCAAGUGACUAUUUUUACAUUGGCCAAAUGGCAGCAAUAACACUUCUUCAGAAUGGACAGUCACCUGUUUACUUUCCAGAAACAGUUUUGCAAAAUGUUUUUACAGGUCCGUACCCAAGCACACACCCAUGCAUUUCCAACCUACAGAAAGGUCUGGAUACUCUUGGAAUCCAUACAGUUGGUAGAAAGUUCUCACAAUUCCUGCAUCACUUUAGACCAUCUGAAAAUGCUAAAUUGUCUGUAAAAAAGUUACUACACCUUCUGAUACCAAAAUUUUCUGAAAAAGGAUCAAACAGCCUAAAGUACUAG